AAACUGGCAAAUGUAUACCCCAAGGAGAAGCGAGGUAUACUGGAGAGUAUAAGGGAAGAGUGUUGAGCGUGGGAGUGUAAGCGACGCCCUCAACCACUGCCUCUGGCUGUCAGUGAUCGAUACACACACACACAGGUGGCAUCAUGGUUAUCAACAUUCCUCAUGCUUCUAUCGCCUUAAAGGGAAUAUUCUUCGCACACCUGAUACUCACAGUGUGGAGCAACUUUUGUGGGAGUCUACCAGAGAGUUUUGUUCUUUACAAUGCAAUAUUCCUCCUAACAAUCAUAUGGAGUCUGCACCAGAGAGAAUCAGAGGAAGCUCCAUUCAUGGCUUUGUGCACAAAUCUUUUGGCCAUAAUGUUUGAUAUAGUGAACCUUUCGUACUAUUGGAGCCACACCAUGACUGGCAUGAAACGUUUUGGAGCAGCUAUGGCCGUCUUCAACUUACUGCUACGUCCAUUGACCAGCUUUAUGCUCUAUCGAAUAGUACAAGAUAGAGCUGGAACAUACGGGAAUUUUGGUUUACCUUCAGGUUUAGAGGGUAUCUUUGGUGGUCCCCGACGCAGCCCAUAUGAAGAUAUUGAUCAAGCUCCCCAGACUAACCCUUCAGCAGGCUUGGACCAAGAAAAUAUCCCAACUUCAGCACCCAAUGAAAAUCUCUUUACCACCUAAGUAUUAAGGCUUCAAUAUUUUCAGGUUUAAACUGGCAGACACUGUUAAUCAAAGGUAUUUGGCAGAAUCUUGAAUGCCUGUUUUAUCUUAUCCUAACCUAAAAUUAAACCUGCAGUAAAUUAUUUUGUUUUAAAUUUUUGAAGUGUGUAUAAUAUAAAAUGGAUUGUUGAUAGUUUGUGCUUACUGUACAACAACAAAAGCAGCUGUAAAGAAAGAGCUUCAGAUGUAGCAAAUACUUAAAUGGGUGUCAUUUAACCAGAAAGCCAGAAAAUGUCAUAACAAUUGGCUCUUAAACUGAUAACCUAAUUAGAGGCAUAAAAGGAAAUUAUCACUCAAAAGUGAGAUGCUGCACACACUUGAAAUAUAAACAUGCACAGAGCAUUUUCAUUUAUAAAGAAGUCUUUGGGUUGUGUGUGUUUAGUUGUGCAUGCUUUUCUCAACACUGCACCCUCAAUAUUUCCUGCCUGUUUGAUGUCUGCAAAGUUGCACUUUGUCUACAGUGUGUAAUCUUUUAAUGGGUUGUUUUGGUCCUGUGUUCAUUUAUUAUUGUGGUUGUAUUUCUUAUCCAUUGCCAUUUUAAGUUCCUUAGGUUUUUAUGUUUCAUAACUAACCAAUUUGGUGCUUUUAUUUCCUGAUGGGUUGUAGUUUACAGCUGACAUAUUUCCAAGCAUAUUUGAAUUGCUUAGAGAUUUUUAUAUAAAUUAUGCAUUCACAUUAAGUUUCACACUUGGAAGUUAUUAAUGGUAUGAAGAACUUUGAUGCAGUAACGUGUAAGAAUUGAUAGUGUUAUGAGUGAUUGGUUUUAUAUAUGGGGAAAAUGUCAGGGUUGUGUAUCAUAAUGUAUCCAUUGUGUUUUAAUGUAUAUAUGGAUGGCAUAAUGAUCACUGUAUCAAUAUUAGGAAAAGGUAUGAAAUUAGAAUGUAAAAAUAAUAAGAUGUAUUUCCUCAGGCAAAAAGUUAUAAAAGAAUUAAUAUGCAGAUAAGCUGAAAAUUUUUUGCACAC